ACGGCCACACCGGACACCCAAGGAGGCUGCUGGGGGCAGGUGUGGGCCCUGCUAGGCACAGCAGCUGGAGAAUUUCUUGGACCUCAUCCGGAGGCACCUAGAAGAGCCCGGAAGAGAGCAGAAGGUGGAGCCAGCUCCAACGUCUUCUCAAUGUUCGAUCAGUCUCAGAUCCAGGAGUUUAAAGAGGCCUUCACCAUCAUGGACCAGAAUCGGGAUGGCUUCAUUGACAAGGAGGACCUGAGGGACACCUUUGCUGCACUGGGUCGCAUCAAUGUCAAGAAUGAGGAGUUGGAUGCCAUGGUGAAGGAGGCCCCAGGGCCCAUCAACUUCACAGUCUUCCUGACCAUGUUUGGAGAGAAACUUAAGGGCACGGACCCAGAGGAGACCAUUCUUCAUGCCUUCAAAGUGUUUGAUACUGAAGGGAAGGGUUUCAUCAAGGCUGACUUCAUCAAAGAGAAGCUCAUGACCCAGGCUGACCGGUUCAGUGAGGAGGAGGUCAAGCAGAUGUUCGCCGCGUUCCCGCCCGAUGUCUACGGCAACUUGGACUACAGGAACCUGUGCUACGUCAUAACACACGGCGAGGAGAAGGACUGAGAGAUACGGUUUCCCCCACGGUCCCACAUAAGCCUGAUGCCCA